UCUGCCUUCCUCUCCCUCCUCAGGGUAUUGCAGGCACAGACGUGGCAAAGGAGGCAUCAGACAUCAUCCUGACCGAUGACAACUUCACCAGCAUUGUGAAGGCAGUGAUGUGGGGACGGAACGUGUACGACAGCAUUUCCAAGUUCCUGCAGUUCCAGCUCACCGUCAAUGUGGUAGCUGUCAUAGUGGCUUUCACUGGAGCCUGCAUCACUCAGGAUUCUCCAUUGAAAGCAGUGCAGAUGUUGUGGGUUAACCUGAUCAUGGACACUUUUGCUUCCCUGGCCCUGGCUACAGAGCCCCCUACCGAUUCUCUGCUGAGGCGUCACCCAUACGGGCGAAACAAGCCCCUGAUCUCACGUACCAUGAUGAAGAACAUCUUGGGCCAUGCGGUGUAUCAGCUCACAGUCAUCUUUGUCCUUGUCUUUGCUGGUGAGCAGCUGUUUGACAUUGAUAGCGGAAGGAAGGCGCCUCUCCAUGCACCGCCCAGCCAGCACUAUACCAUUGUUUUCAACACCUUCGUGCUGAUGCAGCUCUUCAACGAAAUCAACUGCCGGAAGAUCCACGGCGAGAAGAACGUCUUUGCAGGCAUCUACCGCAACACCAUUUUCUGCUCUGUGGUUUUAGGCACGUUCUUCUGCCAGAUUGUCAUCGUGGAGUUUGGGGGUAAGCCCUUCAGCUGUACAAGCCUCACCCUGGAGCAGUGGUUGUGGUGUCUCUUCAUAGGCAUUGGAGAGCUUUUGUGGGGCCAGGUGAUCUCUGCCAUUCCUACCGAGUCUCUGAAGUUCCUGAAGGAGGUUGGACAUGGCGCUGACGAGGAGGAGAUCACCAAGGAUGCUGAGGGAAUGGAAGAGAUUGAUCUUGCUGAGAUGGAGCUGCGCAGAGGCCAGAUCCUCUGGUUCCGUGGCCUGCACCGGAUUCAGACUCAGAGAAGUCAGUCAUUGGUAACCGGCUUCCUGGAUGAAGUUUCUCUCCUGGUCAUCGCUUCUUCACACAAGAUCAAAGUGGUCAGAGUGCUCCAUAAUUUCCAUAAACCCAGGAACGAACUCUCCAUCCACCAAUUCAUGACCCAGCCUGAAUACAACGCAGAUAAUGAGUCUCCACAGACAUUCCAGGAUGAUCAAGAGGAGAUCCUGAAUCGGCUCCUAAGGUGGGGGACUAGGGUGCUCCUGUUAUAUAGUGAGGCCACUCCAUAUGACAACAGAAACAACAGUGCCAUGGAUUGCAACCAAGUGCAAAUCGUUGCCUCCCAAUCCAACAGCCCUCUGCAAAGCCUGGAGACAUCAGUUUGAACUCCCAUUCUCCCGAUUCCAGUCCCUGCUUGCCCUAUUGUUUGUUUGUUUGUUUGUUUAUUAUUUAAGACCUUUAUUAACAGGUGCUUACAGUUUGUUGACUUUUUUUUUGAAAAUAUCAAGUUGUAAACUUUUAUUACAAAUUAAAAACGAAGUUCUUUAAAA